AUGGCGCAGCACCAAAGGAAUGCAUCGAUAGCAUCUUCGACCAAGACAGCCACGCCGACAGACAGCUGGGAGUCGUACUUUGACUCGUGGAGGGUGGAGGACGGCGACGUGCCCGACAUGGCACCACCCCUUGCGCCCACCAUCAUUGAGCCAGUGAUCGUGGAUGACGAACUAUACGACCCGGAGAGCCUCCUGAACGCCCAAAUCAACCUGGACCGGGCUCUGGAUUUGGAGUUGGACUGGGAUUUCCAGGAGUAUCACCACGACUACCGGGACAGGUGCUCGCCCAAGGUGUUUGGGAGAUUGAACGACGCCAAUCCCGCCAACAAACGGCAUGCGAUUUGCGUCUCAAACCGACGGGCUGCGGCAGCGGCAUACUGUCAACGCCAGAGUCGAAGAGAUCGUCGCCCAGUGACAGUACCUUCACCAAUGGCUACCGGGCCUGAUGACGUUGGCUGGAUGGCGAAGAUGGGGACGACCCAGCCUCGUCAGCCAUUGGCGGCAAGGCAGGAGGAGACAGGCAGAUCUGGCCAUGCGUCCCACGGCGCCUUUGCGAGGAGAACCCUGCGUCUGCAUGGGCGCCGGUCGGACCAUGGGCUGGAGAACUCAAGCAGCAAAAGGCCACACCAGGCACUGCAGCGCAAGGAGCAUUUCAAAGGAGGCUUGGGGAAUCCACCGCAGGCGGAGCCACUUGUAAGUACAUGA